GCCGUGAGCAGGCUGACGGCGCGGGGCAGGGACGCGGGAUGUCUGAUUCCCCCGCGGGCCUAGAGACGCCAGUGCCAAUCCACCAACUUUUUUGAGCCCUGAAUAAUGUUUUCACUCCCCAAAGGGAAAAGCAAUUGCAAAUCGAAAUGAAUACAGCUUUCAUAGUCACUUUGCAUCUAUAUAUUGGUUUGUGCCCUGUUACCACCAGAUCAAGGAGAAGGAUUAAACACUUGAAGAUGAGAAAAAUUGAUCUAUGUUUGAGCUCUGAGGGGGCUGAAGUGAUUUUAGCUACAUCAAGUGAUGAAAAACACCCACCUGAAAAUAUGAUUGAUGGGAAUCCAGAAACAUUUUGGACCACAACAGGAAUGUUUCCCCAAGAGUUCAUUAUUUGUUUUCACAAACAUGUAAGGAUUGAAAGGCUUAUAAUUCAAAGUUACUUUGUAAGGACCUUGAAGAUUGAAAAGAGCACAUCUAAAGAGCCAGUUGAUUUUGAGCCAUGGAUUGAAAGAGAUCUAGUCCACACAGAGGGGCAGCUUCAAAAUGAAGAAAUUAUGGCACGAGACGGCCAUGCCACUUACUUGAGAUUCAUUAUUAUAUCAGCCUUUGAUCACUUUGCAUCUGUGCAUAGUGUUUCUGCAGAGGGAAUAACAGUCUCAAGUCUUCCUUAGUAAUUAGAACAGAAUACUCUUACAUGAUUUUUUUAACAAUAUAUUUAUUUAAACAUGAAGUUGUCAUUGAUAUACUUUAUUAAAGAGAUUUGUAUCAAUCUG